AUUGAGACUGGUGUAAAUUCAUUAAAUGAUAGGAUGGACAGUAGUAGGAGACUUCGUGUGCAGCAUCCUGUUUAUAUUGUGGCUGAACGAGUGUUGACGCGGCGGCGAGAUUGCCUUGAAAAAGUCUGUGCAGUUGCAGAAGAGGUGCUCGAAGCUAAGCGUGCCCUUGAGUUAACUGUAGCGAAUACGGAGGAUGAGGUUGCUGCGGUGGAGACAGCAGAGAUCCCUGAUGCUGUGGAGAAGACUGCUGUAUUAAAGCCAAAGUGGCUUACUCGUGAGAUGAUUGAAGAAAGAAAGAAACAACGCCUGUCGGGCGGCUACGGCGGUGCUGUUGGUGCUGCUGGUGGUGUUCGUAUUCGAUAUAGUGAAAUUGGUGAUGCUACGGUGCGAUCAUCGUGGAUAGGAAGUUCAUAA